AUGGACAAAACUUGGAUGCUCGCUGAUAGGAGAUCUUUGAGGUUUCAAACUGGGUUUGAAAAUUUCCUCAAAUUUGCGUCGGCAAAUGCUGCCGACAAAUCAAGCAUACGCUGCCCUUGUAUGAAGUGCUGUAAUCACAGUGGAUUUACCGUUGCUGUCAUCAAGGGCCAUGUAUAUUUUAAUGGCAUCAUGAUCAAUUACAAAAAUUGGGACUGUCAUGGUGAAGCUGCUGCCAUGGAGGGCGAUAGUGGCGGAGAGUCUGAAUCAGUAGAUAAACCGGAUGAUAUAGAGGGUGAAGAAAAUAAGGGUGAAGAAGAUGAGGAUGAGGAGAUGUCUUGUGACUCAGAUGAGUUCCUUAGGCUGGUAGAAGAUGGAGAUAAAGCUUUGUACCCUGGGUGUACAAAGUUGACAAAAUUGAACGCUCUUGUAGAAAUGUUCAAUUUGAAAGCAAAGCACGGAAUGACUGAUGGUUGUAUUUUCGACUGGCUAAUGUUGUUUGAGUCCUUCCUUCCCAAUGGGAAUGAAGUACCUUGCAAUAUAGGUGAGGCAAAGAAAACACUAGGUUUAUUGGGGAUGGGAGGGGACCAUCAUGAAGCUGAAGUAUGUCCAACAUGUACUACUUCGCGGUAUAAGAUUGGAAAGAACGGAGUUGUGAGGGAUGGGGUUGCUGCAAAGGUUUUGUGGUACUUCCCUAUAAUACCGAGAUUCAAAAGGAUGUUCCAAUCUCCAAGGACAGCUAAGUCCUUAACUUGGCAUGGCGAUAGGAAAAAAGAUGGCAUGAUGUGGCAUCCAGCUGAUUCACCGACUUGGAAAUUGGUUGACACACAGUGGCCAGAAUUUGGGAAAGAACCUAGGAAUCUUCGAUUAACCCUUUCGUUUGAUGGAUUUAAUCCUUACGUUGCUUUAAACAGCAAAUACUCUUGUUGGCCAGUUAUUCUGGUCACAUAUAACCUUCCUCCUUGGUUAUGCAUGAAGAGGAAGUUCAUGAUGUUGUCCUUGUUGAUAUCUGGACCGAAACAGUCCGGGAAAGAUAUCGAUGUCUAUCUACAACCGUUAAUAGACGAUUUAAAGUUACUGUGGCAGGGGGUUGAAGGUCUGUAUGACUCUGUGAGAGAAGAGACCUUUACAUUGAAGGCAGUCCUAUUUUGGACUAUAAAUGACUUUCCUGCGUAUGGGAACCUUUCGGGUAGUGUCACCAAAGGAUCACUACCAGAAGAAAGACUUUAG